GCCGCGCCUCACUGGCGGCGGCAGCGGCGGAGGCGACGGUGGCGGCUCUCGGAGCCGGCGCGAAUCCGGCCCCCGCAGCGGGACCCGGGCAGGUCUUGACGAGCCCUGCCCGGGCCGACUCAUGCGGAGGAUGGAAACACUUGCCCGGCAAUGUCUCUGGGCCGUCUCCUUCGCAGGGCCUCCUCCAAAGCCUCGGACCUCCUGACCCUCACCCCCGGUGGCAGCGGCAGCGGGUCCCCCUCUGUCCUGGAUGGAGAGAUCAUCUACUCCAAGAACAAUGUCUGCGUGCACCCGCCGGAGGGGCUGCAGGGGCUGGGGGAGCACCACCCAGGUUACCUGUGCUUGUACAUGGAGAAGGAUGAGAUGCUGGGAGCCACCCUCAUCCUGGCAUGGGUCCCCAACUCUCGCAUCCAGAGGCAGGACGAGGAGGCCCUGCGCUACAUCACACCCGAGAGCUCCCCCGUUCGCAAGGCACCCCGCCCUCGGGGCCGGCGCACCCGGAGCUCAGGAGCCUCCCACCAGCCCUCCCCGACGGAGCUGCGGCCUACCCUGACCCCCAAAGAUGAGGACAUCCUGGUGGUGGCCCAGAGUGUUCCAGACCGCAUGCUCGCCAGCCCUGCGCCAGAGGAUGAGGAGAAGCUGGCGCAGGGCUUGGGGGUGGAUGGUGCCCAGCCAGCCUCGCAGCCUGCUUGCAGCCCCUCCGGGAUCUUGUCGACGGUCAGUCCGCAGGAUGUCACCGAGGAGGGGCGGGAGCCGCGGCCCGAGGCCGGGGAGGAGGAUGGCUCCUUGGAACUGUCAGCCGAGGGCGUGAGCAGAGACAGCUCCUUUGACUCAGACUCAGACACCUUCUCCUCGCCCUUCUGCCUCUCGCCCAUCAGUGCGGCGCUGGCUGAGAGCCGCGGCUCCGUGUUUCUGGAAAGCGACAGCAGCCCCCCGUCCAGCUCCGACGCCGGCCUGCGGUUCCCGGACAGCAACGGCCUCCUGCAGACCCCACGCUGGGACGAGCCGCAGCGGGUGUGCGCCCUGGAGCAGAUUUGCGGCGUGUUCCGCGUGGACCUGGGCCACAUGCGCUCCCUCCGCCUUUUCUUCAGCGACGAGGCCUGCACCAGCGGCCAGCUGGUCGUUGCCAGCCGAGAGAGCCAGUACAAGGUUUUCCACUUCCACCACGGCGGCCUGGACAAGCUGUCUGACGUGUUCCAGCAGUGGAAAUACUGCACCGAGAUGCAGCUCAAAGACCAGCAGGUCGCCCCCGAUAAGACAUGCAUGCAGUUCUCCAUCCGCCGCCCCAAGCUGCCGUCCUCCGAGACGCACCCCGAGGAGAGCAUGUACAAGAGGCUCGGCGUCUCCGCCUGGCUCAACCACCUGAAUGAGCUGGGCCAGGUGGAGGAGGAGUACAAGCUGCGGAAGGCCAUUUUCUUUGGCGGUAUUGAUGUGUCAAUCCGCGGGGAGGUCUGGCCCUUCCUGCUGCGCUAUUACAGCCACGAGUCCACGUCGGAGGAGCGGGAGGCGCUGAGGCUGCAGAAGCGAAAGGAGUACUCUGAGAUCCAGCAGAAAAGGCUCUCCAUGACUCCCGAGGAGCACAGAGCUUUCUGGCGCAAUGUGCAGUUUACUGUGGACAAAGACGUGGUCCGGACGGAUCGGAACAACCAGUUCUUCCGGGGGGAAGACAAUCCCAAUGUGGAGAGCAUGAGGAGGAUCCUGCUGAACUACGCCGUGUACAACCCUGCCGUCGGCUAUUCCCAAGGGAUGUCGGACCUGGUGGCGCCCAUCUUGGCCGAGGUCCUGGAUGAGUCAGACACCUUCUGGUGCUUUGUGGGUUUGAUGCAGAACACGAUCUUCGUCAGCUCCCCCCGGGACGAGGACAUGGAGAAACAACUGCUGUACCUGCGUGAGCUGCUGCGGCUGACGCACGUGCGCUUCUACCAGCACCUGGUCUCGCUGGGCGAGGACGGCCUGCAGAUGCUCUUCUGCCACCGCUGGCUCCUUCUGUGCUUCAAGCGGGAGUUCCCCGAGGCCGAAGCGCUGCGGAUCUGGGAGGCCUGUUGGGCCCACUACCAGACGGACUACUUCCACCUUUUCAUCUGCGUGGCCAUCGUGGCCAUCUACGGGGAUGACGUCAUCGAGCAGCAGCUGGCCACGGACCAGAUGCUCCUGCACUUCGGAAACCUGGCCAUGCACAUGAACGGGGAGCUCGUUCUCCGGAAGGCGAGGAGUUUGCUGUACCAGUUCCGCCUCCUGCCCCGGAUCCCCUGCAGCCUGCACGAUCUGUGUAAGCUGUGCGGGUCAGGCAUGUGGGACAGCGGCUCCAUGCCCGCGGUGGAGUGCACCGGCCACCAUCCCGGCUCGGAGAGCUGUCCCUACGGGGGCACGGUGGAGAUACCUUCCCCCAAGUCCCUGAGGGAAGGCAAGAAGGGCCCAAAGACGCCGCAGGACGGCUUCGGCUUCCGCAGAUAGGUCGGGCCCCCGACACUGGACAGGGGUUGAGGGGACCUCCUCAGAGGCCCUGGGCACGGGAGGGGGUGGGGCUGGGCGUGAAGGGGACAGGGGAUGGUAGAAACCUAAGGAAAAUGCUUUUGGGCAACAUGAGAGGAACCUUUUCAUAUUAAUGACAAAAUUAGAGUCUGGAAGUGACAGAAGUCAGAUCUACAGCCACCCAGAGGAAAGUCAGCUCCUGAAACGCUGCAGUGGAACGCGCAGCCACCGCACCUGAGACGCAGGCUGGCUGGGCUCUCCUGCUGGCUGCCCUGGAGGAUUUCAACAUGUCCCAGGAUUUGCUCCAGCCUCGAGGGCAGCCAGACAGCGUCGCCAGGCAAUGAGGAAAGCAGAGACAGGAGAGGAAGGCCUCACUCACCCACUGCGUCGAGGGCUGCAGAACACAGAGGGGUCCUGUCCAGGCCCAGGGACAUCUUUGCAAGCCAGACACACUUCCUCUUGAGACCUCGUUCUCUCGGAGUGAGCCAAACACACUUCCCAAAACUUCCCCAGCCACAGCUGGGAUGCCGAUGGAAAGGCAUCUGCCAUAAAAAAAAAGCAAAAGAUAAAAAGCCCAACCGAUGUGGGGAUAGAGAGGCGGAAGAGCAGUCAGGCUUGAGGAGCUGGCGCUUGUAAUGUUUAUCCGUUCAAACAUUUCGUCCUCCUGGUACACGAAGGGAACUGUCUGCCCAGGAGCCUGAGCCUCAGGCUGUUGGAGAAGCAUCUGAUGCCUUUUUCUUUGCUGGGGGUCUUCUACGUGAGGUUCCUUGGCGUUGUUUAAGGUCAACCCCACCAAAUACAGCAACCAGCUGGGGCUUGAA